CCCUCCUUCUCCUGCUGUCUUGGAUCUCAACGGGGUCACGGUUUCUCGGAUGAAAUGGCCGACGCCAGCAGCGGCAACAACAAUGCUGCGGGCAGCACGAGCAACGCCGAGGUCCAGAUACAGAUCCCUGCAGGGCCAGCCAAAGCCGAAGGUUCAGCAGCGCCGUCACAGAAAUCGGGAACCAAGAACUGGCGAUGGUGGCUGAUGGUGUCAGUGGACGCGUUCUUCCUCGUCGCCGGCCAGACCUCGGCCACACUCCUCGGGAGGUACUACUACCACCAGGGCGGCAGCAGCAAGUGGGUGUCAGCAUUCGUGCAGACGGCAGGCUUCCCCAUCCUCUACCUCGCCCUCUUCUGCUUCCCUUCCAAGUCGCCCUCUUCCGGCGCCGGCCGCGGCGACGCCCCCGUGGCCAAGAUCGGCGUGAUAUACGUCGUCCUGGGGCUCAUCAUCGCCGCCGACGACAUGAUGUACGCCAGCGGGCUCAAGUAUCUCCCCGUCUCGACUUACUCGCUCGUCUGCGCCAGCCAGCUCGCCUUCAACGUCGUCUUCUCCUACGUGCUCAACUCCCAGAAGCUCACGGGCCUGAUCAUGAACUCAGUGGUGCUGCUCACGCUCUCCGACGCGCUCCUGGGAGUCAACCACGAGGAAACCGAGGAUGUUAACGGGUUCUCGAGAGGGAAGUACCUGAUGGGGUUCCUGCUGACGCUGGGGGCGUCGGGGACAUACUCCCUGAUCCUGUCCCUGAUGCAGCUCACCUUCGAGAACGUGAUCAAGAAGCACACAUACUCGGCGGUGCUCAACAUGCAGAUCUACACGGCGCUGGUGGCCACCGUGGCGACGGUCUUCGGGCUGUUCGCCAGCGGCGAGUGGAGGAGCCUGAGAGGGGAGAUGGACGCGUUCGAGUCGGGGCAGUUCUCCUACUUCAUGACGCUGGUGUGGACGGCCGUGUCGUGGCAGGUGGCCUCCGUCGGGGUGGUCGGGCUCGUCUUCGAGGUCUCCUCGCUCUUCUCCAACGUCAUCAGCACCGUGGCUCUCCCCGUGAUCCCUCUCUUCGCAGUGCUCAUCUUCCACGACAAGAUGGACGGGAUCAAGAUCGUGUCCAUGCUGCUCGCCCUCUGGGGCUUCGUUUCGUAUCUGAUGCAACACUUCAUUGAUGACAGGAAAGCUAGGAAGGCGGCAGCUAGUGGGGAUUCAUAGGUGACCAGAUUUUUUUUUUUUUUUGCCUUUCUUGUGAUAGGAUAUAUAUCUGCUCAGCUGCGAGGAACUAGGACUUCUAUUUUGCAGGAUUUUCUUCAUAGGGUUUCCUUUAACCUCUUGUGAAUUAUGAAAGCAUUUAUGCUGUUGAAUAAAACUAGAAUAUAUACUUUCACAUGUCUACUUUUAACCUCUAAUUUGCGUUCAGA